AAUCGAUAGGCCUUGUAGGUAUGUGCCAUGGGAAACGGGAUUAGUUGGUAAACAAACUGACAUAACCUCCAACAGAGAUGAGUAGUCUACUCAUCUCUGCCUCCAACCUUCACUUCACGCGUGUGACAGGUGACAGAGAAAGGAACGAGAAAAAGCGAAAAAGGACCAAAAAAUGGCUUCGGGUACCUUUCCUGGUUCGGCACUCUUCACCCAAAUGUUUCGGCAGUUAACCAAGCCCCUGUCCCAGCGGAUAGUCAAGUACGCCGCGAGCCGUCCAUUCUUCCGACAGAAAAUCAUCACAGUCGGUCGGGUUUACGACAGACUCGAUACGAAUUUGAGAAGACUGAAAGAACCGACCGUGAUUGCCACGGAUAUCGCUGCAGCUAAAAAGCCUAAUCAGGAAAAUCCAGCGGUCCCGUCUAUCAAGGACGAACAGGCUGUCGAGAUCGCCUCUCAGCUUAUGAUAGAGGUCGUGGUAUUCCUCCUGCUGUUCCUGGUGGUGUGGUGUGAGUGGCUACGCUCCCAGCGAAAGUCGGAAGCCAAGGAGGCAAAGCAUAGGCAAGACUUUGAGAACCUGGAGACUUUGAAGCUUGAGGCGGGUAGGCGCCUCGAGGCUCUCGAGCUCGAGACCGACAGGCUGAGGGCUGAGCUCGCGCGUCUCCAGGGAAAGAGUAGCUAGCUCGCCCCCAGCUUCCAUACAAGGCUUCCAGGGAGAAAGUUCGUUUCGGUGAUUAAUUCAUUCGCGAGAGUGCUGUGUUUGUGUACCUGCUCAAUUCCGGUUAAUGGACACGAUGGUGUAUAUAAUAAGUACACUGCACCUGUAAUACUUACUAAUAAUACCGAGAGAUUCAUCUUUUGUUGAGACUUUGUUGUUUAGUCAUAUAAUAACGUUGGCGAAUCACUUUUGCUAAAUAUUAAUUCUACGCGAUAGUCGGUGAAACGAAUAUAGACUUGCGCACCGUAAGACAUAAUCCCUCAGAUCCUUUGAAUAAGCUAUAGAAAGCGAAAAGUUGGACGACUAACUUUGUAAUCUGAAGAUCUACAGGUAUAAGUGUGUAUAGGGGCCUUUCAACUUGUUAUGGAUUUUGAAACCCGAGAGUCUGAUGCUAUAGGACUACUCGACGAGAACAAAGAUAUCAAGUUUCCGCGAGGCUCGGAACCCAGCUAAUAUACUUUUGUUUAAAAAAAAGGG